GUUUCCGGGGUCGUCGCGACCCAGCCCAUUGGGCGACUACUUAUCCGGCUCCUAAGUCCAAGGCGUUGCCUACGAACCUGACUCCGGCUCCUGAGUCUAAGACGUUGCCUCCUACUACGGCCUCGACUCCGAGUACUCCGGCUCCUGUGACUCCGACUCCUGUUCCAAUAUCCAAGACGAAGGAUCGCAUCGUGAUCACGAAGGUAGAAACUCUACCACCUGGGAAACGUCUCCUAUUGAACAAGUCCAGGACCAAGUGGAGGUUUACCCCGAUUGCCCGGUGGGGUCAUACUGACCCAGCAACACUACAAUCGGUGGAAAACAGAUCACCAUCCAUUCCGAGAUCGACUCCAGACCAACCGAGCCCUACUCCAGCUCCUGUUCCUGUGGGUACAUCACAAGAUACGAUCUCGUCCUCCAAGGUAGAAACCUAUCUACCUUGGAAGCUAAUACCCAUCACCGAUCCGGUUCCCGAAAACGUAUCGGCUCCUGAGAUCCAGGCGAAGGACGUUAUCCCGAUCUCCAGGAUAGAGACCUUUUUGCCGUGGAAGCUCUAUCCCAUCGAUUUACCACCAAGAGCUCCACGUGUCCGUCGUCCUCUCCGUCCAAUCGAUCCAGUAAACUCUGUAGCGACUCAGACCGACCACCUCUUCAAGACGCCUAUACGACCACGUUAUCUGAAGACCCGACUGAGUCCUAUUCCGUCAACUCCCAUAG